CCACUAUCACCAGAUGGUUAGAUGGUUUAACGGAAUGAUCUGGAAAUUGUCAAUUUUCGGCACCUGCUUAAUUGCCAGAACAUAUGAGAAAUUAUUUACUAAUUAAUUUGAUAUAUCUCUAAUCGUAACGCAUGACAUAGAACAUCAUGUGUAUUUAAAGUCACUCGAACGCCAGUUUUUCUCUUGAAAUCUAAUAAAAAAACGUUUUAUUUAAAAAGUGAGGUUAGGAGUACCAUUAUUUGCGCCGUUAAAGCAGAACGUUCUUUACGAAAUAAAUAUGUCUGGAGGCAACGAUAAAUGCGAGGCGAAAAGAGAUAGCGAUGGGAAGAAUAUUACUACGAUCUCGUGUAGUCAUUGUCCGUCGAAGAUACUCAACCGCGGCACUGCGACUUUGAUUAAUCAAGAGUUUUCUCUACCAUACGUACGGCGCAAGGAAGAGGGUGAAACCGACGAGAGGGAAUCCAUUUCCGAAUACUGGCUCGUCGAGGAUGUUUAUACGUUUGAAAAUAUUCUAGUCUCAAAAACUGCUGACAACGUUAAAUAUUUGGCGUGUGCCGAUUGUGAAAGAGGCCCCAUAGGCUGGCACGAUAUUCCUACAAAAAAAUCUUAUUUGGCGCUCUGCAGAGUCAGGCACGCUUGAUACCUCAAUUCAUUGUUCAAUUAUUUACAAAAUAACUAUAUUAUAUACAAUGAUUUUUACAGUUAGACCCAUUCCAACGUUCCUAACGUUUUUAUUUGAAAAAAGCACAACAAAUUUAUCAUUGAUAAUCUAUAAUUGAGUAUUGUAUGUAAAUGCAUUGAAGUUUAAACAUUGUUUUAUGAAUUUAUACUAUUUGUACGCAACAAUAAUAAAUAUGUGAUUAUAUGCCACAAAA